AUGGCUGCUUUGGCGUCCAAGACCCAAUCGCAAAAGAUCUUUGAGAAAUUACGGACCAAACCUGCGAAUAGAAUAUGUUUUGACUGCGGCGCGAAGAACCCUACAUGGACAUCAGUCCCCUUUGGAAUCUAUCUAUGUCUUGAUUGUUCAUCGAACCACCGAAACCUCGGUGUCCAUAUCUCGUUCGUGCGAUCGACCAACCUCGACCAGUGGCAAUGGGACCAGUUACGUGUUAUGAAGGUGGGAGGUAAUGAAUCUGCGACCAAGUUCUUUCAAUCCAAUGGCGGGUCUGCUGCUCUGAACAGCAAAGAUCCUACCACCAAAUACACAUCAAACGCUGCGACUAAAUACAAGGAUGAGCUGAAGCGAAGGGCAGCGCGAGAUGCAGCCGAAUAUCCAAACGAAGUUGUAAUUACAGAUGCUGCGAGCAAUGUAGCCACCGAUGGCACAUCUACACCUGCUGGCGAACCUGAUGAUGAUUUCUUUUCGUCCUGGGAUAAACCAGCGAUCAAGCGACCUACCCCUCCUAUCUCGCGAACAGCCACUCCACCUACCGUUGGGCGAGCCCCAUCUCCAUUCUUGAACGCCGGAAAUGCCAAUGGAGGAAGCAUCGCAAGGACAGCUUCACCUCUUGCGGGAGGCGAAGGAUCUGCUGCGCCUGCACCAGCGAGCAGAACUACAUCAUCUGCCGCACUACGCAAGAGUGCAGCUGCUGGAGGACCUCGCAAAGCUAAUGUUCUUGGCGCGAAGAAGACAAAGUUGGGGGCAAAGAAGGUGACUGGGGACGUAAUAGAUUUUGAUGCUGCGGAAAAGAAGGCAAAAGAAGAAGCUGAAAGAAUCGCUGAGCUGGGAUACGACCCGGAGGCUGAAGAUGCACCAAAGAAGGCAGCCGCAAAAGCAGCAGAGGAGACCAAGAUUGCCUCACCCACACCGACAAGUCCAGGAAGAGCGGGUUAUGGGUCUAAAACGCAUGAGCGAUCAACCAGCGACGUUGAAAGGUUAGGCAUGGGUAUGGGUAGACUCGGAUUUGGACAAAUUGGAGGAGGCAGAGGUGCGGCGGCUCCUGCAGCAAAGAAGAUGGGUGGUUUCGGAUCUGUAGGGCCUAUCAAGGCUUCACAAGAGGAUGAUGAUGAAAAAUACGCCCGCCAGAAAUUUGGCAACCAAAAAGGUAUCGGUUCCGACGAAUUCUUCGGCAAAGGCGAUUUCGACCCGAACGCCAAAUCCGAAGCCAAAUCCCGUCUCCAAGGCUUCGAAGGUGCCUCAGCCAUUUCUUCAAACGCAUAUUUCGGCCGUCCAGACGAGCCAGACGGAGGAGAAGAUUACGGCGACUUGGAGUCUGCGGCCAAGGAUUUUGUCAGGAAAUUUGGCGUCACGGCAGGCGACGAUUUGGAUAAUCUAACUCAGGUGCUUGGUGAGGGGGCUAGUAAAUUGCAGGGUGCUAUUCGUAGUUAUCUUAAUGGUUGA